AUGGGAGACAAGUAUACCAUGUACCGCGGCGACGGAUCCAGCGGUUCCGGAUGGCCUGCAGAGAGCAACUGGUUUGGCGACUUCGAUGCCAUGUGGGAAGCUAACCAGGGUGCCAUCAGAUGUAACGCUGAAUGGAACGUUCCCCAGAAUACUGCUGAGGAAACCGCAAACAUGAAGUCUGCUAUUCAAAGUGUGGCAUCCGAGUCUGGUGUUGAUGCCAGAUUCAUCUUUGCCAUCAUUCUUCAAGAAAGCAAUGGCUGUGUCCGCGUCAUUCCUACGGCCGCCGCCAACCCCAACCCUGGUCUCAUGCAGGAUGCCGGCGGCACUCACAUGUGCAACGACGGCCACGGCGGCGUCAAGAACCCAUGCCCGAUGGAGGAGAUCACCGGCAUGAUCAAGGAUGGCGUGUUCGGCACUGCGCAUGACCCCGGCAAUGGUUACCUGCCCCUCCUCAAGAAGGUUGGAGGUAUGAGCUCUGCUCAGAACUACUACGCCGCCGCAAAGCUAUACAACUCCGGCAUUAACUCCGGCAUCGUCGACUUGUCGGUGUCCGUCAGCGCUACCGCGUGCUAUGCUUCCGACGUAGCCAAUCGUCUUACCGGCUGGUCGCUUUCUGCCAAGGGCUGCCACUAG